CACACCCGUCAGCUGUUCACUAUCCAGACCUGCACGCGCAGCGCCGGAGCUGCUCGCUGACGAGACGAGCCAGUAUAUUUCUGCAUGUCGGUAACAAAAAUUGAGGAAGUCGUGCAGCUCUCCGUGUAACUUAGCAACAAUAUACCAAACGUCAUUUAUAGGCUCGUUGAUUACGUUAAAACCAAGUGGAAUAAGUCACACUUUAUUUGUUUAUUCUGUGGUUUAUCCACGCGACAUCGCACGCUGUUGCCAGAGCUCCAAACGCCGCCAGUGUUGUGACUCUGUCCGCGUCGCGUUGUGGCAUGUUCGACGACCAAAGCAGACGGAACUGAAAUCCUCAUUGCUCCUGAACAGGAUUCAAUGAAAAUGUCUGUCUGUGUCCACGAGAACCGCAAGUCUCGUGCCAGUACAGGGUCAAUGAACAUCUUCCUGUUCCACAAGUCUUCGUACGCUGACAGUGUGCUAAUGCACCUGAAUGCCCUUCGUCAGCAGAGACUGUUCACCGAUGUCCUGCUCCAUGCGGGAAACCGCUCUUUCCCCUGCCACAGGGCUGUGCUGGCUGCCUGCAGCCGCUACUUUGAAGCAAUGUUCAGCGGAGGCCUGAGAGAGAGUCAAGACAGUGAGGUGGACUUCAGGGACUCUAUUCAUCCUGAGGUUUUGGAGCUUCUUCUGGACUAUGCUUACUCGUCAAGAGUGAUAAUAAAUGAGGAGAAUGCAGAGUCUCUGCUUGAGGCCGGUGACAUGCUGGAGUUUCAGGACAUCCGCGAUGCCUGUGCCGAGUUCCUGGAGAAGAACCUUCACCCAUCUAACUGCCUGGGCAUGCUGCUGCUCUCAGAUGCUCACCAGUGCACCCAGCUGUUCCAGCUGUCCUGGAGCAUGUGCCUCAGCAACUUCCCUGCUAUCUGCAAAACUGAGGAGUUUCUCCAGCUGCCCAAGGACAUGCUGGUGCAACUUCUGGCACAUGAAGAACUCGAAACCGAGGACGAACGCCUAGUCUAUGAGUCGGCACUCAACUGGGUGAACUACGACCUUGAGAGGAGGCACUGUCACCUUCCGGAGCUGCUCCGUACUGUGCGUUUGGCGCUCCUGCCUGCCAUCUUCCUCAUGGAAAAUGUCUCAACGGAAGAGCUCAUCAUUGCACAGGCUAAAAGCAAAGAGCUGGUGGACGAGGCCAUCCGAUGCAAACUGCGCAUCUUGCAAAAUGACGGUGUUGUCAACAGUCCUUGUGCCCGGCCCCGCAAGACCAGUCAUGCCCUUUUCCUGCUGGGUGGCCCCACGUUUAUGUGUGACAAGCUCUACCUGGUUGACCAGAAGGCCAAAGAGAUCAUUCCAAAGGCUGACAUCCCCAGCCCACGCAAAGAGUUCAGCGCCUGCGCCAUUGGCUGCAAAGUAUAUGUGACAGGUGGCCGAGGCUCAGAGAACGGUGUGUCCAAGGACGUUUGGGUGUACGAUACAUUACACGAGGAAUGGUCCAAGGCAGCUCCGAUGUUGAUAGCUCGAUUCGGUCACGGCUCUGCAGAAUUACGCCACUGCCUGUACGUCGUCGGAGGUCACACAGCUGCCACUGGCUGUCUGCCUGCAUCACCAUCUGUGUCCUUGAAGCAGGUAGAGCAGUUUGACCCAGUUGCUAACAAGUGGAGCAUGGUGGCACCCUUGCGAGAAGGAGUCAGUAAUGCAGCUGUCGUCAGCGUAAAGCUCAAGUUGUUUGCGUUUGGAGGGACAAGUGUGGCCCAUGACAAGCUGCCCAAAGUUCAGUGCUAUGAUCCCUCAGAAAAUCGUUGGACGGUCCCAGCGUCCUGCCCGCAGCCAUGGCGCUACACUGCUGCAGCUGUUCUCGGCAACCAGAUCUUUGUAAUGGGUGGUGACACCGAAUUCUCAGCUUGUUCUGCCUACAAAUUCAGCAGUGAGACUUAUCAGUGGACUAAAGUUGGAGAUGUUACAGCGAAACGAAUGAGCUGCCAGGCUGUGGCCUCUGGAAACAAACUGUAUGUGGUGGGUGGCUACUUUGGUACACAGCGCUGCAAAACCCUGGACUGUUACGACCCCACGCUGGAUGCGUGGAACAGCAUCACUACCGUACCUUAUUCCUUAAUUCCUACUGCCUUCGUCAGCACCUGGAAACACCUCCCAGCCUGAAGCACGCCUGUAGUCCCAUGUGUGACCCUACUGUUCCUGCAAGAGUUCCUUGUGUCCAUUCGUCGUUAUUGUCUACUGGAUUCCAACUGUGAAGAAACGCUAUAACCCUCCUGUGCAAUUUUAUGAAGAGACUUUCUCCAUUAAGAGCUAAGUAUUGUCCACGAAGUCCAGUUGCAAAGCUUUUUUUUUCCAGCUGCAAGUUCGCCAAAAACUUUUAAUGUUUUGCUUGGAAGUUAUUUUGUGAUGUCUUCUUGUACAUUUUGUGAAGUAUCAAAAUGUGGGCUUCACAGUGAAAACCAAAAGAACUGAGAUGCAUCCUGAAAGUCCAGUCUGCUUCCAUUACAACCAGCAUAAUCAUCAGCUUCGUUGCCCAGGUUUAUGACCGUUUUUGUACAAAGCUGAUGCCAUGCAAGCUGAAAUAGACCCGUAUGCCUGUCUUAAUUUGUAUACUGCAUGAAGGAUGGAUGAGUGGAGGCUUUUGAUAUGGAGAUCAACAGGAGUCUCAACGCAUGAUUGGAGAUGUUUAAGAUACUCCAGGAAAAGUACCUCACAUCCUGAUAGGUAUCUUCCUUUUCCUUUUCUUCUCCCAUAGUGAUGUUUUGAGAAAAAAAAAACUUUGCUCAGUAGGAGAGAUACUGAUGUGGACUCUUUAUGGACUGAUAAACAUCAUAUUUUGCUGGUUUGAAGAAUAAAAGGACCGAAGAACAUUUGUUUGUUUAACAAAUUUGUCCUUCACACGUCUGUACAAUGAGGACAGACUGAUGCUGAACUGGUCCUGUUGAACAGACCUUAGCAGCUUGGUGUGAAAAUGGACACGGGCACAGUGUGUCCCAAGGUACAUGUGCCAGCUGUGCGUAUGCGACUAAGUGAGUGCAGGAGAGGCAUGUCCCAGCAUGUUCAUCUGAACGAGAGUCCAUCUGCCCAGUCAACACCCGAUCAUACUCCCACCCAGUCAAAAUAAACACCCGACAAACUGACUGAGCAUGUCCUCUGAGAAAACACCAACAAACACCGUCCUGAUCACUCACCGGCUCAACUUUUUCUUGCACAAGGCUUGAACUGUGCGAGACACUUCUGCCGUUUUUGCCUGUACUAUUCUAAGCACAUACAGUCACUCUAAACGUGAACGACAGAAGGAGAGAGAAAAGAGGUGAGAGCCAUUUCGUCACCCUGCGAGGGAAUGCAGUCGUUAUGGCAACGACAACGAAACUGUAAAUUAAAAAAAAAAAAAGUGCAAGAAACUGGCUGCCUGGCUUAAAAUAUUUCAUUGCCUAUUAAUAGUCUUAAUUUAUGAUGUUUUUGAAGCUUUUUGUUUUCGUUUGAUCCAUUGUGUAUUAACAACAUUUCUUUUUUUAUUUAUUGUUCAUUUUUUCUGCUUGCCUAAUGUUUGGAUGUUAUAGACGCUGACAGGUUUUUGUACCACGCAUGGCCCAAAAUGCUCUGUGUUCCUGCUGCUCUUUUGCACAUUUAUAUAAGGUCAUUUGGACUGAGCAGGUGGAAUUUGUAGUGGUCAGCGAUCAGAUCAAAAACGGGGAGGUUUGGGGGUCAAAGGUCAUAAGAGGAAUAAGAAUGGGCUGAAUGAUGUCAUGGACUCAGAUUACCCAGGGUGCAAGUGGGCAGGUCAGCAGACGGGGGAGUUGGGAAGUGGUUUUGAGAGUUGGGGCGGCUACAAGGACAAGAAUUCAAAUUGGAGGAGUUGCCUUUAAAAAAAAAUGAAAAUUCUGUCAUCGGAGUUAUAGACCCUUUUCACAUUUCCUGGUUUCUCAGUAGAGGAAGUCAUCAUAGUUGAGUAAACUUAGAGCACAGUGAAUGGGAGAGUACAACAAAUAUUUUUUUACAAUCCUAUUUGCUGAAAUAAUAAAAGAAAAACUCACCGAUGGUGUUAUCGAGACUUUCAGAAAAAGGGAAAAAAUUGUGUGACUGACGGCAGCCAGAGGAGAGAAUAACGUCAUAUUUACUCUCAGCCCCAUAGACGCUGCAUUAGAAACACCUCGCAUAAGCGGUAAUUAGUUUUUUGUAUUUUGGUGCAAAGAUGAUUUAAUACAUUUAUAAAUGUUUGUACGUUGAAAAAUUAAAAUCGAAAUAUUAAAAACUUUCAAGGAUUUAAGAUUAUGGUGACCGUUAAACACAUCAUAGCAGUCUUGUGAAAAGGGUCCAUUAGGGGCCGAUCACACCGAACGCGCUUUUUGGGUUGAGAGGCGCCUUUUCUAAUGAUUUCCUAACGUCUGCGAGCCUUGUGCGCGCUGCUUAUGCGCCCUGCGCACCUCGCAUUUUAACCACCUGCUGUGCCUUGCGUUUUUCCGUUGUGUUCUGUGCGCUCACGCAGUCUGUGCGCUCAGUCUGUGCGCUCGCGCUUCCGCAAAGUCAACUUUUAGCGGAAAAAUAUCUUUUUCAUUCUCCAAUCAAAUGAAAGCAGAGGCAGAAUUUACGUUGAGGUGCCUGCAGUGUUUGUGUUGUCAAGACGACUGCGCAGAUUUUUGAAGAUGGAGGAGAGACUAGCAAAAAUUGUAUUAAUAUUAACAGCAACACUAAUUCAGUCGUUGCUUAGGGACAAAAAGUGCACUGCGCUUUUUUUUUUUUUUUUUCUCUUUCUUGUCAACAAAAAAGGCAGUGCAGUGCGGCUCGCGUUUUUGGAACAGAAAAGCGUGUUUGUUGUGAUCAGCCCCUUAUUGGGCAAACUGAUCUUUUUAAACAUUAUUAGAAUUUCUUUAAAUGAUGCAACUGAAUUAAAUCUUUUAUGUGUUUUAUGCACAGACCAAUCAAUUUGGUUCCAAUGUUGCACUAACAUGCAUAAACUGAUCUUAAAGCAAAUAAUAUGACCUCAAACCUCUAUUCAAAAGGCAUUAGGUUUCACGUAAUGGAACAUUAGCGUAGUUUAUCAAGUGAUUUUGACCAGUGGCAAGUGACCCCAUGCCAAACUGACUUUAGUAUUCUGCCUCUGUAACCCUGCCAUGCAUCUAUCACUGUCAGUACUGAAACUCACGGUGACCCAGGGUCUCUGUGGGUUGUAAGGAUCCUGUAGAGCUAUCUGAGGAAUGUGACAUUCGCAGCUGCUCUCAGAACAGCUGGAACCGUCACCAGCGUGUUGUAACUUUGACCUGUCCCUCACAGUUCACUGGUGCUGUUAACGUUAUGAUUGGAUUAGGAAUACGUCACAGGCACAUUCCUGAAUUCCUCUUAAAAAUAAAUUUGAUGUACUAGUUGUAGAGAAGAACCAUUAUAGGUUCCCAGAGGACACUUUUAUCAAUUAUUAAUUUUUUCUUAGGGUGCUUCCACAUCUGUGGUUCAGCUCAUUUGGUCUGGACCAAGGGCAACAAAUGACACACAGUAGCAUUUUUCUGACGUUUUUGGGUUCUUUUCACACCACACUGAUUGCUUUCAUGUGCAGUCAUGUGACAAAAUUCACAUCACUCAUUGGCCAGAUGUUAUUGAAAGUAUUUCCUAAGCUGCUUUUCGAUUGGUCCGAAUUAACGUGCAGGAAAAUGCCAAUGGAACUCCCGCAUGUAAACAAACAGGCAGACACAGAAUGUUGCUUUUUACUAUGGGGGUACGACUGCGCUGGCUGAUUGUAUCCCUGGUCAUAGUAUACAUUAUAGUUUGUAUACAUCACUUUAGACAAACUAUACAUUUCGAGAAUGUAUAGCAGCUUUUUUGGUCCGCUUUUAUGCGCACUCGAGUGCAUUUGCUACAGUCACACCUGCCCAAAUGAACCACACCAAGAGGGAAAACGAACUGUAGUGCGAUUCAACCGAACUAAAUAACGUAGGUGUGAAACACCCUUACACCAUGUCUAAACUGUGAAUGCAAGUGUUUCGAUUGAUAAGCAAAUUGAGGCCAUUAUAAGAAUGUUAAAAAGUGAUACAGACAGUAAACUAAUACCUAUUUCUGAUACCUUACCUUGCACUUCUUCCAACAACAGUACAAAUGGAUUCAGAAUGUUGCACUGAGAUUGUCUAGACAUUAUAGAAGCCUAACUGUCAAAAAUAACCAUUAUUUUAAGACUGGAUGCUAGUUGAAACAGCCUUUGGCGUAAACCUGUGACAAAUUUAAUGAUGUUAACCACAAUGGGGUUAAUUAUGAUAAAGCUAAAUCCCAAAGUUCUCAACAUAACUAAAAGUGAUGUCUACAUGAGGGCAAAGACCACGGUGCUUUCAUGUGACUGCCAAACGCACCGCCUGUAGAGACGAUCUGUCUGUUUGAAUUUUGACUGCGAAGCGACACAGUGACAACAGUUUUUGGGUAGGAUGAAAAGCACCACUGGCAUAUUGACACACAAUAGCUGUGGUGACAACACGACACAAAUAAAUGACACGGCUUUAUUUGAACGGAAUAUAAUAAAUUCUGUGCUGUUAAAUUGUAGUCACUGCAUAGUCACUGCAUAAAGGAAAAGGAAAGCUCUCCUCCCUAAACCCUCUCAUCUCCACCAGGAAAUUCUUGCUUACAAUGUUCCCUCUGGCCUUUAGGGUUUUUGACCCCCCCCCCCCCCCCCACCCCCCUUCAGAAUACCUUUUCACAGAACACUGCACACUCUGACCUCCGUCCAAUCAGAACACCCCGUCCUGCCCCCUCGCAUAGCACAGUUGCCACAGCAAUGGUCAACAAUCAUGGCUCCCUCUCCAUUGGAACUGGUAAUAGUCAAGUGUUUUGUUUUUCUCUUUUCUCUCCCUCUUACUCCUUUGCCCUCCCAACUUCCCUCUCUCCUGCUCAAGUGAAAGAUUGAUUCGGAGGUGGCUCUUAAAGAACUCUUAAACGCUGUAUGCCUUCACAAACAGACGCAUUGCUAAAACACUGUCAAUGUUGGGCUGUACUGUUUGUUUGUUUUGUGAGUGUCAUUUUUUUUCAUUUCUAUAUUUGUUGUAUUAUAUAAUUGUAUUGUUAUUUUAUCUCAACCACUGCGGUUAACAUUAUUUUGUACAAGUGAUUUUUUCACAAUGUGAAAUUCAUGGCUAAAUAAAGAUAAGAGUUUUUCCUCUUGAUAGAUAUAAA